UACUAGUAGUUAUAUAAAUAAUUGGUGAGUGGGAAGAGACAGAAGACAACAAUGGCAAAUUCUCGUAGUUUCCACCUCAUCUCUUCCUUGUUGAUCGUCACGGCUCUGAUCAUCUCAUCAAGGUCGUCCACCGCCGAGGCCGGCGGCGACCACCACCAGUUCAGCUGGAUGCCGGCGAAACCCGCCUGCCAGGGUUCGAUAGCCGAAUGCAUGGCCGUCGACGGGGGAGAGUUCGACAUGGAGUCGGAGGUCAGCCGGCGCAUAUUAGCAACGACCGAGUACAUAAGCUACGGAGCGCUGCAGAGGAACAGCGUUCCGUGCUCUCAGAGGGGUGCGUCCUACUACAACUGCCAACCAGGUGGUCAAGCUAACCCUUACACUCGUGGCUGUAGUACCAUCACUCGUUGCCGGAGUUGAGCUUCUCCGUCUCUUUUUCUAUUUCCAUUUCAUUAUAUAUGUAUAAUGCCAAUAUAUAUAUAUAUGUAUGUAUGUAUAUGUAUUAUACGACUAUGUGAUAAGAAUAAUUUUGAUUUUAAGUUAUGGUUCCACUUCAUACAAUAUAAUAAUGUUAUGUCGGAAGCACGGGAUUGGUGGUUUGAAUUUGAGAUUUAUCUCAAUUCUAUGGACCAAUUCGGUGCCGCUAGUAAAGUUUUUACCUUGGCUUUUGUUGAUAUUAUUGUUUUUGACUUGAAUUCUUCUACUAUUUAUAAUCCGAUGUUGGUUUAA